GGGCUGCGUGGAGCUUUAUUCAUUGCACUACAGCGCAAUGUAUCCAGCAACGUUGAACAACUACAACAAUGUAUGUCAAACAACUUCCUCGACACAAUGGGAUACUCCACUUGCUAACAAUCCGGACACCACACGGCUAGCCGACGGAUGUAUGCAAUACGCGAGUGCUCUUUCACGAAUUCCAUCAUCCAACAGCACGAGUGCAUCCAAAGGUCCUAUGGCGAUUGCAUUAUCAGCAACUGGGACUGGUCAAAUUCAACUGUGGCAGUUUUUGUUGGAGCUUCUCGCUGACGCCGUCAAUGCACACUGCAUUGCUUGGGAAGGUAGCAACGGGGAGUUCAAAUUGGUUGACCCAGACGAGGUCGCCAGGAAAUGGGGAGAGCGGAAGAGUAAGCCGAAUAUGAACUACGAUAAGUUGAGCAGAGCACUCCGGUAUUAUUAUGACAAGAAUAUUAUGACAAAGGUACAAGGAAAGCGUUACGCGUAUAAGUUCGAUUUCCAAGGACUUGCUCAAGCUUGUCAGAGUGCAAUUUUGACAAAUGGUGGAAACCCCAACGGAGAUCUGUCAUCAACUGUUCAUUCACUAUCACCAUACACAAAUCAAGUGCUUCCAAUUGGUGUGACCAGCCGAUUAUCGACUUCAAUGUCUUCAUAUCAUUCAAUACUUUCCUCAACUUCGUCUACCUCUUCCAAUCAGAUAAUUCCACCAUCGACUGCGACAUACUGGUCGACUCCUCAAUCAUCGCUUACAUACACCGGAAUGCCGUCAUCGUAUUAAACGCGGUCUGUAUUUGAAGUACAUAUUUUGAGAAAAAAAAAAGUAACCAUAAUAUUUAUACCUUAUUUGUCUAUACUCAUUAUUUUUGUAUCAAAAUUACUUUAUAAAUGACAAAUUAUUUU